CAGCACUUCUGCCAGCCGCCUCGCCCCGCCUGCAGCCCGGGACCAGCGGGUAUGGUCUCACUCUAGACCAGGCUGACCAGGAAUGGAAGUCCUGAGGUGCUGACACCAUACUAUCUCAUACAACUAAUGGAGAUGAGUAAAGACAUGACAAGCCAAGAGGAACUUUGGGAAAUGAAACCUAGGAGAAAUCUAGAGGAUGGUGAUUAUUUGACUGAGGACAAGGGAGAGUCCAGCAUGCUGAAAAGACCCGUGCUUUUGCAUUUGCAGCAAACAGCCUGUGUUGAUGAAUUUGAUUGCCCCUUAGAGCUUCAGCACACACAGGAACUCUUCCCAUAUUGGCGCCUGCCACUUAAGAUGGCUGCUGUUCCAGCAUUUCUCACUUUUCUAUACACUCUUCUGAGGGAAGUCAUUUACCCUUCUGUAACUUCCCAUCAACAUUUUUAUAGAAUUCCAAUCCUGGUCGUCAACAAAGUCUUGCCAAUGGUUUCCAUUUCCCUCUUGGCCUUGGUGUAUUUGCCAGGAGUGAUAGCAGCAGUUGUACAGCUUCGUAAUGGAACUAAGUAUAAAAAAUUUCCAUCUUGGCUAGAUAGGUGGAUGUUGGCAAGAAAACAGCUGGGGCUUCUCAGUUUCUUUUUCGCUGUCCUGCAUGCUCUCUAUAGUCUAUCUUACCCAAUGAGGCAGUCCUACAGGUACAAGUUGCUCAACUGGGCCUACCAGCAGGUCCAACAAAAUAAAGAAGAUGCCUGGAUUGAACAUGAUGUUUGGAGAAUGGAGAUUUAUGUGUCCCUGGGAAUUGUGGGACUUGCCAUGCUGGCUUUCUUGGCUGUGACAUCUAUUCCAUCUGUGAGUGACUCUUUGACAUGGAGAGAAUUUCACUAUAUCCAGAGCAAGCUAGGAAUUGUUUCCCUUCUGCUGGGCACAGCACAUGCCUUGAUUUUUGCCUGGAAUAAAUGGAUAGAUAGCAAACAAUUUAUAUGGUAUACACCUCCGACUUUUAUGAUAGCAAUUUUCCUUCCAAUUGUGGUUCUGAUGAGUAAAGCCAUUCUGUUCCUGCCCUGCUUGAGAAAGAAGAUACUGAAGAUUAGACGUGGUUGGGAAGAUCGCACCAAAAUCAACAGAACUAAGGCAUCUACUCAAUUGUAGAAUUUUGUUUAUAAACAUUUCUUUCAUAUUGAUAUGUUUUAUCACAACCAUUUCAAAUUUGUUAAUAAAAUGACCACUUGUAGGCUCUUAA